CAAGGAAAUCAAAUGGCAUCUGGGGAUUUCUGCUUACCUAGAGAAGGGAUGGAAGUACUCCAACAAGUAUGCAGUAGACAGCUUCCUCCUUGUAACCUGAAUGAAGAGGACCUAUUACAGAACCCAUACUUUAGCAAGUUGCUGCUGAGUCUUGCACAGCAUGUCGAUGAAAGUGGCUUAAGCCUCACCUUGGCAAAGGAACAGGCUCAGGCAUGGAAAGAAGUUCAGUUGCAUAAGGCAGCAUGGUUGAGGUCGGAGAUUCUGCAGAGGGUCAUUCAAGAACUACUUGUGGACUACUAUGUGAAGACACAAAACACAAAUUUAACUUCUGAGGACAGAAAGUUUCAUGAGACCCUUGAACAACGGCUACUGGUGACUGAAUUGACACAGCUCUUAGGUCCCAGCCAGGAGAAGGAGAUGCCGUCAUUGUUAGGAGUGGAGAAAGCGGAUCUGCUGGAGCUCAUGCCACCCUCAGAGGACUUUCUGUGGAUGAGAGCUCGGCUCCAGCUAGAGGUUGAGGAGCAGCUCAAGAAGAAGUGUUUCACCCUUCUCUGCUACCAUGACCCCAGUUCCGAUUCAGACAGUGAAACCCUGAAGGCAGCAAAGAUGUGGAAACUAGCAGAGGUCCUGGUGAGUGAGAAGCAGCAGUGCCAGGACACCAAGAGGCAGCAGAAGGAGCGGAGAGUGCUGCUGGAGAAGCAGAGUGCCACCUACUCCCAGGUGCUUCUCCGGUGCCUUGCCUUGCUGCAGAGACUUCUUCAAGAGCACCGGCUGAAGACCCAGUCUGAACUAGACCGCAUCAAUGCCCAGUACCUGGAAAUCAAGUGCAGUGCCAUGGUCCUUAAGCUGAGAAUGGAGGAGCUAAAGAUUUUGUCUGACACUUACACUGCUGAGAAAGUGGAAGUUCAUCGUCUUAUUAGGGAUCGUUUAGAGGGGGCCAUUCGCCUACAAGAACAAGACAUGGAGAAGUCUCGACAGAUACUGAACACGUAUGAGGUCCUCGGGGAGGAGUUUGACAGGCUGGUGAAAGAGUACACCCAACUCAAACAGGCAACUGAGAACAAACGCUGGGCCCUCCAGGAGUUCAACAAGGCCUACAACUGA